AUGAUCAGCGGCGGCAAGGGAUUCGCAGAAAAGUCCGAAAGGACCAAGGCCCGGGAGGCCUUCUUCCUGGAAUUCGCAAAGGCCAUCCGCCACAAGUUUGCCGACCUCCCACUCAUGGUCACUGGCGGCUUCCGGACACGUCCAGGCAUGGAGGCCGCGGUGGCAGAGGGUGGCUGCGACAUGGUUGGCAUCGGCCGCCCAGCGAUUACCAACCCCAGCCUACCCACUAACAUAAUCUUUAACAAGGAGGUUAGUGACGACGACGCUAGGCUUUAUCUGAAGAAGGUCCAGGUGCCCUGGAUUGCGAAGAUGAUUUCGCCUGCCGUUGGUGCUGGCGCCGAGAGUGCUUACUAUUGCGCUCAAAUACCCAAGAUGGCUCAGCUGUAG